AUGCAGAGCUCUGAUAUUAUUUCUACAGUUGAGUUCAACCACACUGGAGAACUGCUGGCUACUGGUGACAAGGGGGGUCGGGUUGUUAUAUUCCAAAGGGAACCUGAGAGUAAAAAUGAGCCUUACAAUCAGGGGGAGUACAAUGUUUACAGCACUUUCCAGAGCCAUGAACCUGAAUUUGAUUAUUUGAAGAGCUUGGAGAUAGAAGAAAAAAUAAACAAGAUCAAGUGGUUACCACAGCAAAAUGCAGCUCACUCACUUUUAUCAACAAAUGAUAAAACAAUCAAGUUAUGGAAAAUUACUGAAAGAGAUAAGAGACCAGAGGGGUACAACUUAAAAGAUGAAGAAGGAAAACUUAAAGAUCUUUCUACAGUAACAUCACUGCAGGUGCCUGUAUUGAAACCUAUGGAUUUGAUGGUAGAAGUCACUCCCCGGAGAAUCUUUGCUAAUGGUCACACCUAUCAUGUCAACUCAAUAUCUGUCAACAGUGACUGUGAGACAUACAUGUCAGCGGAUGAUCUCAGGAUUAACCUUUGGCAUUUAGCAAUCACAGAUAGGAGCUUCAACAUUGUAGAUAUAAAGCCAGCCAAUAUGGAGGACCUGACGGAAGUGAUUACAGCCUCUGAGUUUCAUCCCCAUCACUGCAAUCUCUUUGUCUACAGCAGCAGCAAAGGAUCCCUGAGACUCUGCGACAUGAGGGCAUCGGCUCUCUGUGACAAACAUUCCAAGCUUUAUGAAGAACCAGAAGACCCCAGUAACAGAUCAUUUUUUUCAGAAAUUAUCUCUUCAGUGUCUGAUGUCAAAUUCAGUCAUAGUGGUAGAUACAUGCUAACAAGAGAUUACCUCACUGUCAAGGUUUGGGAUCUGAACAUGGAAACAAAGCCUGUAGAAACAUACCAGGUCCAUGAUUACCUUAGGAGCAAGUUGUGUUCCCUCUAUGAAAAUGACUGCAUCUUUGACAAGUUUGAAUGUGCAUGGAAUGGAUCAGACAGGUAA